UUUUCUCUUUGCCUUCCAUUUACUGUCGAUGUAUGGCUAUUUAGGCGAAGUAAUGCAGUCUCACGUGUCAAUAGUCCUUCGAGAUUGCCAAAAAUUGUUGCCAGUCAACCGCGAACAGCCUCCAAGGCACUGUUCGUGUCUACGCCAGGCCGUGUUCCGUCAAAAAUAGCUAGAGUGCAGGAGAAGGGGGGAGAAACUACACGAGAACCAACAAUGAACACACCUUCGCGCGAAACCCGUAGGAAGCCGUACCCGAGCAGAUUGGCUCGACAGAACAGUGGUGAUUCCGCCGGAAGAUGUUUGUGGUCACCAAAAGAAGAAGUAUUAUCCCAAGAUCGGCUUUUUGAAGAAGUGGUUGAUUCUCCUCACACAAAAGAGAGAUGCGAUCAAGUGAAGAAACUUGCUGCGGAACACAGACAGAAAUUAAGACACGAAGAAGAGGAGCGUAAGCGAAUCAGGCAAGCUCGCGAAGAACGUCAAAACCUAGCGGUGCCUAAGAUGGAAGUCGAUGAUUUCGAUGAUUGCGAUAAUUUGAACCAUGCUUUACCACGAGUACUUAGUGAGAAUAUGCGAAAUUGUCACUUGGGAACAGGAGAAGAUGACCGCGGAGAUUGGGAAGAAGAACGCUGUCGCCUGGAUGUAGAAGCCGAAGAAGUGAUGCAAGAAGAAGACCACUAUCGACAAGAAGAAGAGAAUCGUCGCAGAAGAUUGAGUGAAGAAGAGAGAAAAGCGAGAAGAGAGCAUGAAGAAGCUCUUGCUCAAGAACUUUUGGAAGCGGAGAGGAGGAGAAAAGAG